AUGUCGACCACUACAGCAUCAACAUCAACUGAAGUAUGCGAUGGAGAAAAUUUGGCAAUUAUAUUAGCACUCUAUUGGGUUCUUUACUUGAUUAUUAAUGCUGUCGUAUUUGCUGUAGCCAUGUAUGCUCUUAAUAGAUGUAUCACAGGUGGCAAAACUCCUGAUCAUAAAAAGAAAGAUAAAAUUCAUUCUGUAGCCCGUCAAAGCAGUCAGAGUAGUCGAGCAAGUCUUGUGUCACGUGAAAAACACUGA